AUUGCUGAUCAUAUUGUUAAUUUUCCCAAACAGCAAGGCUCUCAGCCCUUUUUUGGCUCGUGGCGUGCGCCGAUGUUUGGAUCUGCACAUACAGAUGUUGUGCAGGGUCACAACAAUGGAAAACAUCUUGCCAUGUCUCCUAAAUCCUUGCUGCAGCCUCUGGAUCAAGUUCUUCUCUCCGCUGAGGAGAAGCUCAAGAAGCGGAGCCUGGCACUGAAGCAAGUCAGCACCUCUAAAGCCCUCGAAGAGCUAAUGGGCCUUCAGACCCAGGCCAGGUUGGAGAAGGAGGAGAUGGAGGCCAAGAUAAAUCAGAUGGAGGAGGACUUUAAUAAAGAGAAGACAACAUGGUCGGAUCUGAGCUGCCAACGGCUUGAAGAAAUUAGUAGCUUAGGGACGGAGCUGUUGGAUGCUCAGUCACACAUUGACCACCUGAAGGAAGAAAAUGCUAAGCUGACGAUGAAGGAUGACAGCACUUCUGAAGCCUUCAAAGAGCUAAUGGGUCUUCAGACCCUGGCCAAGACGGAGAUGGAGGCCAAGGUGAAUCAGAUGGAGGAGGACUUUAAUAAAGAGAAAACAACUUGGUCGGAUCUGAGCUGCCAACGGCUGGAAGAAAUUAGUAGCUUAGGGACGGAGCUGUUGGAUGCUCAGUCACACAUUGACCACCUGAAGGAAGAAAAUGCUAAGCUGACGAUGAAGGAUGACAGCACCUCUGAAGACCUCAAGGAGCUAAUGGGCCUUCAGACCCAGGCCAAGAUGGAGAAGGAGGAGAUGGAGGCCAAGAUAAAUCAGAUGGAGGAGGACUUUAAUAAAGAGAAGACAACAUGGUCGGAUCUGAGCUGCCAACGGCUUGAAGAAAUUAGUAGCUUAGGGACAGAGCUGUCGGAUGCUCAGUCACACAUUGACCACCUGAAGGAAGAAAAUGCCAAGCUGACGAUCAAGGAUGACAGCACCUCUGAAGCCUUCGAGGAGCUAAAGGGCCUUCAAACCCAGGCCAAGAUGGAGAAAGAAGAGAUGGAGGCCAAGAUAAGUGAUAUUGAGGAGGACUUUAAAAAGGAGAAGACAAGCUUAAGGAUGGAGCUGUCGGAUGCUCAGUCACACAUCGACCACCUGAAGGAAGAAAAUGCCAAGCUGACGAUCAAGGAUGACAGCACCUCUGAAGACCUCAAGGAGCUAAUGGGCCUUCAGACCCAGGCCAAGAUGGAGAAGGAGGAGAUGGAGGCCAAGAUAAAUCAGAUGGAGGAGGACUUUAAUAAAGAGAAGACAACAUGGUCGGAUCUGAGCUGCCAACGGCUGGAAGAAAUUAGUAGCUUAGGGACAGAGCUGUCCGAUGCUCAGUCACACAUUGACCACCUGAAGGAAGAAAAUGCCAAGCUGACGAUCAAGGAUGACAGCACCUCUGAAGCCUUCGAGGAACUGAUGGACCUUCAGACCCAAGCCAAUGAGGAGAAGGAGGAGAUGGAGGCCAAGAUAAAUGAGAUGGAGGAGGACUUUAAGAAAGAGAAGACAACAUGGUCAGAUCUGAGCUGCCAACGGCUUGAAGAAAUUAGUAGCUUAGGGACAGAGCUGUCAGAUGCUCAGUCACACAUUGACCACCUGAAGGAAGAAAAUGCCAAGCUGACGAUCAAGGAUGACAGCACCUCUGAAGCCUUCAAGGAGCUAAAGGGCCUUCAAACCCAGGCCAAGAUGGAGAAAGAAGAGAUGGAGGCCAAGAUAAAUGAUAUUGAGGAGGACUUUAAAAAGGAGAAGACAAGCUUAAGGAUGGAGCUGUCGGAUGCUCAGUCACACAUCGACCACCUGAAGGAAGAAAAUGCCAAGCUGACGAUCAAGGAUGACAGCACCUCUGAACACCUCAAGGAGCUAAUGGGCCUUCAGACCCAGGCCAAGAUGGAGAAGGAGGAGAUGGAGGCCAAGAUAAAUGAGAUGGAGGAGGACUUUAAGAAAGAGAAGACAACAUGGUCAGAUCUGAGCUGCCAACGGCUGGAAGAAAUUAGUAGCUUAGGGACGGAGCUGUCGGAUGCUCAGUCACACAUUGACCACCUGAAGGAAGAAAAUGUCAAGCUGACGAUCAAGGAUGACAGCACCUCUGAAGCCUUCGAGGAACUGAUGGACCUUCAGACCCAGGCCAAUGAGGAGAAGGAGGAGAUGGAGGCCAAGAUAAAUGAGAUGGAGGAGGACUUUAAUAAAGAGAAGACAACAUGGUCAGAUCUGAGCUGCCAACGGCUGGAAGAAAUUAGUAGCUUAGGGACAGAGCUGUCGGAUGCUCAGUCACACAUUGACCACCUGAAGGAAGAAAAUGCUAAGCUGACGAUGAAGGAUGACAGCACCUCUGAAGCCUUCAAGGAACUGAUGGACCUUCAGACCCAAGCCAAUGAGGAGAAGGAGGAGAUGGAGGCCAAGAUAAAUGAGAUGGAGGAGGACUUUAAUAAAGAGAAGACAACAUGGUCAGAUCUGAGCUGCCAACGGCUGGAAGAAAUUAGUAGCUUAGGGACGGAGCUGUCGGUUGCUCAGUCACACAUUGACCACCUGAAGGAAGAAAAUGCCAAGCUGACGAUGAAGGAUGAUGGCACUUCUGAAGCCCUCGAGGAGCUAAUGGGCCUUCAGACCCAGGCCAAGAUGGAGAAGGAGGAGAUGGUGGCAAAGUUAAAUGAGAUGGAGGAGGACUUUAAUAAAGAGAAGACAACAUGGUCAGAGCUGAGCUGCCAACGGCUUGGAGAAAUCAGUAGCUUAGGGACAGAGCUGUCGGAUGCUCAGUCACACAUUGACCACCUGAACGAAGAAAAUGCUAAGCUGACGAUGAAGGAGGACAGCACCUCUGAAUCCCUCGAGGAGCUGUUGGGCCUUCAGACCCAAGCCAAGACAGAGAAGGAGGAGAUGGAGUCCAAGAUAAAUGAGAUUGAAGAGGACUUAAAAAAAGAAAAGACAAGCUCAAGGACGGAGCUGUCGGAUGCUCAGUCACACAUCGACCACCAGAAGGAAGAAAAUGCUAAGCUGAAUAUGAAUGAUGACAGCACUUCUGAAGCCUUCAAGGAUCUAAUGGGCCUUCAAACCCAGGCCAAGAUGGAGAAGGAGGAGAUGGCGGCCAAGAUAAAUGAGAUGGAGGAGGACUUUGAAAAAGAUAAGACAAGCUUAAAGAUGGAGCUGUCGGAUGCUCAUUCAAACAUCGACCAUCUGAAGGAGGAGCUCUUGGAUAGCAGAAGACAAGCAGAGAGAGAAAUCACAUCUCUUCAAGAAAGUUUCAGCAUUCAGAUACAGGAGAGUUCUGCAAGGAUUUCUGCCACUGUGGAUCACUGGAGAGAGGUGAUCCGGGGCACAGAGGAGGAAGCUGCCACAACAUUAAGGGAAUCGAAGGAAGCGUGGCAGGGGAGAUUUAAACAGCUGGAGGAGAAUAUUGAAUCAAAAGGAGGUCUCAUCUCCAGCUUGAUUGAUAAAAUGAGAGCAUCCGCAGACAGUCACAGGCAAACCUUGAACCUGCUGAGCCGAAACCGGUCAGAGCUUUGCGAGAGCCAGAAGAGCGUUGAGAGUAAACACGAUGCCCUGGAAGAAACCUACCAGACGGAGCUGACGGAGAAGGAGAACAGCUGUCAAAGAAGAGUGGCAGAGAUGGUGAGCAGGAACGAACUGGAGAGGUUGCUGCUCCAAAAAGAAGCAGAGUGCAUGCGUAGGACCAGCGCACUGGAGGAGGAGAUCCAGCGGCUAAUCAGAGAGAAAAGGCAGCUGCAGGUAUGA